AUGUUCGUCUACACCAACAAGAACUUGCCUCCCGACCCUGAGUAUCGCCCGGACCUCAAGAAGCUAGGAUUCUCCAUUACCGAGAGAGAUACAAUCCGCCGCGUUGACGAUCCAGACGUGGGAUAUAAGUACAAGAUCAACCGCAAUGACCGGUUCAACAUCAAGUACCGUGAGGCCAUGAACGAGGCAAUUCGUAACAUUGUCCUCCCGCGUCUCGCGAAGGCCGGCCUGAAGACCCUACGCCUUCCUUUCUGCGAAAGCAACCCUCUACGAGAGAAGAUUCCCACUGAACCCCAUGUUCCAGUCCUGGUGUCUCCAAACCUUUUGAAUGCACCGCGCGUUAUCUUGGUUUUCGGCGAGCCCGUGCAGGACCUAGGCAUCUGGUCCUAUCGAGCCAUCCUUCAGGAUGGCGUCAACAUCGGGUCGGCUGUGAAUUUCACCAAGGCCGUUCUGGGAGAAAGCCAAGGUGCAGAGACAACUGACAGCUCCGGGGAAAGAACAGACAAUGCGCUGAUCCUGGCCAACACGGGCCAGCUGCUUUGGCAUUGUGGUUCUACUCGUGCCAUCACAACGCAGACAUGGCUCGCGAAUCCUCGUCCUUCUGGCAUUUCAGAGCAAGCUGGCAUGUCUCGCCGCAACGUGAUCCCCUGCAACAGGGACUGGCAGGAGCAUAUCAACUAUGUCUUUCAGGCUUUAUGGGAGUACCUCGGACCCUCGAGCCGUGUCGAUGUGAUUGGCAUGUCUGAGGGUGGUCUGGGCGUCAUUAAAUAUUUGAGAGAUCAUUGGGAGAGAUGGCGCCCUUAUAUCUCAGCCAUGUGUCUCGCCGACCCGCUUCAGAGCACGAAUGUUGAAAUCGACGUGGGCAAACUAGCCGACCCGACUUCAUUCACUGCAUUCAUGUCCUCACGCUGUCGGGCCUACAUUGUCUCUCAAGAUGAAGCCGACAAGCUCCAGGUGGGGUACCACCACCAUGGCUGUAAUUGCUACUCAUCUGGUGAGACUGAAGACAGCGAGGGCAUCUUGCUCAGUGCAUGGCCUCUUGUGCUCGCCUGGCUCGACAUUCUUUACAAAGACGACAACUACGCAGAAGUCGUUGUCAUGGGCACUAAUAUGGACGAGGAGCUGCAGCAGGCCAUGGAAGGACUGACUUGUAGGAUUCUGGAUGAGGAUGGGCCUAAAUCAGACUCGGUCAAGGAGCUAGCAACUGCGAAGCCGGAUACCCAAAUCAAUGAUCCGAAGGAUAGGGAUGUGGAACUGGAAGCCAAAGCUGAGGACGUCAUGUCGGAGACCAUGAGCUGGAAGGAUGCGAGUGACAUGAUUCAGGACAGGGUUAUUGAAGCAGAGGAAGCCAGUACGAAGACAUUCAUCACACCUGCUUCUUAG